AUGGCGUCCAACGCCUCAACCCAAGCCCUAAUAGUGUCCAAAUCAGAAAGCACACACAACCUUGAGGAUGGCGUUCCAUUUGCAUAUGAAAAUCUCCGUGUGGGCGAGACUUAUCUCAAGCUGGAUAAAACACUCUUCAGAAUUACACCUGAUGCAAAGAAAGGACCGCCAUUAGAGGGAGAUGUGAUUACUGUUCUAAGCAAGCAAGGCGGUCGGUUAGUUCUUGAGCGAGAUUAUUCUUAUGUUUCCAAGGGCGGAACGGCUGUAAGGCGCUUUGAGGUUGAAGCUAUGAAGCUGGUAGCAAAGCACACCUCCGUCCCUCUUCCUGAAGUUAUUUACAGCCUCAUGAGUGAUUCCAGUGGUGAGAUUGGGAUGACAACUAUUCCAGGCACCACACUAGAAAGCCUAUGGGAUAAGUUGAACAGCGAAUCAAAAAAGUCUAUAUGCCAUGAGACAUGGGAUCAAAUUGCCAAACUCCGAGAAAUCCCACAACCACCUGCCUUAAAACAGUUCUUCCAGUGUCUUGCCGACGGCUCACCAACUCUCGACCCUCUAAUUGAAGACUUGGACCGCUGUGGAACCCCUUUAUACACAGAUGAAGAUGUCAGAGCCCGAAUAUACCACCGUUACCUUCAUUUUGGUGGUCUGCGAUAUAAAAAUGAGCUACCAGACAUGCUCCCUCGAUCAUCCUGUACAGUUUUUACACACGCUGACAUUGCCCCACGGAACAUCAUGGUUGAUGACCAUUAUCGCAUUACUGGCAUCCUCGACUGGGAGUAUGCCGGCUGGUACCCUGAUUACUGGGAGUAUGCACAGAUCAUGAGGCCUGCUUGCCGGACGGGUGAUUGGCAGAAAUGGAUGGAUCUCACUGCACCCCAUAAAUGGGAUAUCUCAGGAAUAGCAGCCGCGAGACGAAUUCUAUUUUGA